AUGCUGUCUACUACAUUGAUCACAUUUAUAUUACGUGCUCCAUCCGAUGUCAAAAAGGUCGAACUGUUAGGAUCAUGGGACAAUUUCUCACGUUCUUACCCCAUGGAGCGGGACAGACGCAUGGGUUCCGGCCAUUGGCGAGGCUGCCAUACAUUUACCGACAUUGUACGAGAUGGAACCUCCCCGAGUCAAUCCCCCGGCCGGUCCGGGGGAUUGAAGAUGGGAGGUACUUAUUGGUACUACUAUCGUUUAGAUGGAGACAUCGAGUUUUAUAACGAGGUCGAGCCCGUGACCUCACUCUGCCCAUUACUACCUGGCCAGCCCGUCAACAUCCUCAAUGUUCCCGUCAUCCUUCCCGAUACGGACUACUUGCAUCGACGUGACAAUAGUACAAGUUCGACCAAGUCUGAGAAGCGGACAAUGGAUCCCGAAGAUAAAUAUAUGAACCCCCGAACUCCGCCAAAGCCAAGGCCUGCGCUUGCACGCUUGAAGACAUCUCCUCCAUUCUAUCAACUGACAACACCUUCGUCAUCUUCGCUUAGUGUCUCGAGCUCCAAUGAGGAGAGACCUGCCAUGUCUCAACCGUCCAGUUCGACUCACGGCCCAAUGUAUCGUCUUGUCCCAAGAGUCAAGGCUGAGAGAUCCUUGUCCCCUCCUCGCUCGAGAGGAUUGCGGGCUGCAUUGUUGAACAUUGCAGGUGCUCGAUCUCCCGGAGAUCAUGCCGAGGACCGUGGUAUUAAUAGACCCCUUGAUGCUCAUCCAGUUGAUGCUUUUGCGCCAUCCACUUCAGCUUCCAACCCAAGUUCAAACUAUAGCUCGAGAUUGACUUCUCCAAUGAGCAGCCCGGUUGAACUUGACGGAAGAGAAAUUGGCAGAUUGCCUUUCCGUCAUCCGCAGGAUGAGUUUGAACAGCCUCAAGGGCCGCCUUCGAUUCGGGUUCGCCGGGCUUCAAAGUCUAGCCGGGACAACACUCCUUUGGCGCUGUCGCUGGAAAGUCAUUCUUCGCGAGAAACAAACAAGGCCGAAAUAUCUGGUUUCUCUCGUACUGCCCCACUCGAAACUCUUGAGGAAGCACUAUCUCAGCAAGCUACACCAAUGGCAGUGAACGAGCAUACACCGGUUUUUCUCGACCUAAGAGAGAAGAGACUUCCAACACUACCAAAUUCUCCAUCCUCAGUUCUGGACGCGGAGUUGCGCGCUAUUGAGGCUCGCUACAAGCCAUUAGAUAUGGAUCUACUCUAUAGCCACUUCUCGGACGAUACCUCUUUCGCUGUAUCAAAGCUUUACGAUUCUCCCCAGGAGCCCCCGGAAAAGAGCCGAUUUUCAGAAUGGAGCACUGAUACAGAGCUUGUUUCUCCGGCAUCCAUGACAUCUUCAUCUACCUUUAAUGCUGAUCAGCUCUCUAAUGCCUCGCCAUUACUAGGCCAUGAAUACCAACACAAUGCCACCACCACUUAUAAUGAUUAUACAUUAGACGCACCCAUUCCUACUAUCGCUAUCAGUGGUCCAACUACACCUGUUCUCGGAGACGAGGCAGAAGUCGUCCUAUCUCCAACGGAGGUAGACUCGGACCAUUCUCCACUUUUGAUUUCUGCACACUCUUCCUCAGCUGCCGGCCAGUUGGGUUCUAAUUACGUGCACGAACCAUUUGAAUUUUCUUCUUUGCAAAUUGAAGAUUACGACGAUGCAUCUUUCCAUGAGCCAGACCCGAAGCGACAAGGGGCUAUACUACCACUUAGUGUGGUUACCCCUUUAUCUGUCGACGAAUCUUCCUAUCGCUUGACCAGUCCUACGCGAAAGGAGCAUCAAUACAGGUUGUCUGAUGAUUAUACCUCUCAGUCAGCAGCGAUGCAAGAAUUGAUGGACGAAAUCGGCUACCUUGGAGAUAUGAUUUCGUCCGGACUAUAA